UACUUGGGCUCCUAAUGAUAUCCAUUGAAAGUUUAUCGCAACAGCAAGCCGUCGGACCGCCCAUGAUGUUAAACGGGGGAAAUGAGCACGGAGCAGAAGCCAUGAGUUUUGGAAGAGGAAUAUCCAACGAUCUUCCCACAGCAUACGUGACGUCAACACCGCUUCCGUUGGCCAAAGCACAGCAGCAACAACAACAUGAGCAACAGCUUCAUCAUCUCCCAGGCUAUCAUUCCGCAGGGCAGUCGAGAGUGAUGAGUGAAGAGGAAAACGAACGCGAGAAGCACGCAAAAAUCUCGGUGCUCUUUGAAGAAAUCCGAAUAGAAGCUGCGAAUAUGCUCAAUGGGACGAUGAACGCCAAUAUCAAGCAGGAAGACAACGAAGAUCAACCGACAGCACUGAGUGACUCGGCUCCGGUUUCGAUAAACAAGAAGCUCAAGAAACGCAAAAGCGAGUUGGCCCUGGAAAUGACCGCCGAUGAGGUAGACGACAUCCUCGGAGACUCCACCAACUCCAGCUUCAACCCGAAAAACCCAUUCGGAGGACCAUCCCCGUCCGGUUUCCCAGACCUCGGAUCCCCGGGAUCUUCCAACUAUAACCCGGCGAGCCAAAAGUCAUCUCCACCACUCUCAAAGUAUUCACAGAAUAAUCAGGGUCAGCGGAACUCUCCACCAAAUCAUGGAUAUCCGAAUAUGUCGCCAUACAUGACGUCUCAAAUGAAUUCCCCGAUGCAUCCACAACUUCAGCAGCAGAACUCGUUGACAUCGUCGCCACCGGUUUCUAUGCAUUCGCCAGUGUCCCAAGACUUCAAGUCAACUAUAAUAAACGGUCACGUCAUGGGAGCCCACCACCAUCAUCUUCCCCAUCACACCCGCUUCCUUCAACAUCAACAAAGUGCUCCGAACCUUCGCCUCGGAACUCAAACCCCCGAGGAAGCGCUUCCUUAUCAAAUCAGCGGAAUCACUCCGCCGGCCCGCCCGUUCGACAGAUCUUUGGUCGAGGAAUUUGAGAUGUGUGUUCGUGCAGUUCUAAUGGCUUCUCAUCGUGUCUAUUGUCGACAUGUCUAUCGUCAAUUAACUGCUGAAGUCUCGGAGUUGUAUGCCAGAGUUGCGAAGAAUCAGGUGCCGAAGAAAGCCGUCAAGAAGAUCAUUGCCGCCCGGCAACCGGCAACGCCUGGAGAACGGAUCGAGUUGGAGAGACAGUUCAAAUGCCUUGCCGACGGCCUGGAAUCUCGUCAAUCUCCACAACUCUACGAAUCAAUUCUCAACUUUUUGUACAAAAUGCGCGUCGCAAUUCCAGACGUCGCUCAGCAAUAAAUUUUUUUCAAAAAAAAUUCAUUUUUCCUCCAAGUCUUCCUCUCAUUUUCAGCUCGAAGAUCUCUCUUGUUUUUUGGUCUGGAAAUUUCUUUGAAAAUCUCAAAUUUGUAUCACUACAGUAACUCCCCAAUGAUGUUCCUUUAAACUAGUCUACUGUAGUUGUCUUGUCUCCGUCUCUCACUCUCUCUCGGCCCGCAAAUACAGCUUGUGAUGCAUAAAAUCUCUUCUUAAUCCGAUAAUUGUUAUUCACCCCCGAUGCUUGAAAAAUUAUCAUAUUUUUAAUCUUAAUAAUAUUAAUAAAUGUAAAUUAAAUCAUAAAAAA